AUGAUGUACACCUCGGGUACAACGGGAUUGCCAAAAGCUGUCGUCAUGGGCACGAGUCGUGAGCUUCUCCUCGGGUAUCAGAUUGCCGGAUAUCUCAACCUAAAGCCUGGAGAUCGAAUGUACACAUGCAUGCCGCUGUACCAUGGUGCAGCACACGGUCUAUGCACAGUGCCAUGUGUCUUUGCAGGAGCUACCAUCGUGUUGAGUAGGAAGUUCUCACACAAGACUUUCUGGCCGGAGGUAGCUGCAUCGGAAGCAAACAUCAUCCAAUACGUCGGAGAGCUGUGUCGGUAUCUUCUGAACGGGCCGAAGAAUCCUUACGAGCGGAAACACAAAGUCCAAAUGGCAUGGGGCAACGGCAUGCGACCAGAUGUCUGGGAGCCGUUCCGCGAGCGGUUCAACAUUCCCGUGAUCAAUGAACUAUACGCCGCCACUGAUGGAAUGGGCACAACCUUCAACGCAAAUGCUGGGCCAUUUACUGCCCAUGCGGUUGGUCUUCGAGGACUGCUGUGGAACUGGAGGUUCAAUGAUCUGGAGGUCAGAGUCAAGAUGGAUGUCGAUACAGAGGACAUCAUGCGGGAUGAGAAGGGUUUUGCUAUCCGGUGUGGCGUGAAUGAACCAGGUCAAGUCCUACACCGCAUCACGCCAGAGAGGUUACCGAACACGCCGAGCUACUUCAAGAACGAAGAAGCGACUGAGAAGAGACGCAUAUACAAUGUGUUUGAGAAGGGCGACAUUAAGUACCCUCAAAUCGCAGAGACAAACGUAUACGGUGUCUCCGUCCCUGGCUAUGACGGCCGCGCAGGCGCCGCAUCAAUAGUCAUGGCAGACGGCGUCACCGAAUCGAGCUUCAACUUCCAGGGCCUGGCUGCGCAUGCGAGAGCCGUACUGCCAGGAUAUGCUGUGCCGCUGUUUUUGAGAGUGACGCCGGCGCUGGAAUACACCGGCACACUGAAGAUUCAGAAGGGCAGAUUGAAGCGCGAGGGCAUAGAUCCAGAUCUGAUAACUGGCGAAGAUAAGAUGUACUGGUUGCCUCCGACAAGUGACCAGUAUCUACCUUUUACCCGGAAGGAUUGGGAAGGGAUCAAGAGCAAGAGUGUGAGGUUGACUUGA